GUUCCAACGGGGCCUGAAAGCCGCUUGAAAACCACCCGGCCAUUCCGGGCAGGUCGGAGUGCAAACUACACAUGAUAGCUCUGUACCCGCCGCCUGCUCCGUUCUAAAACCCUAAACCUCGCCGUCGGCCACACGCCAUGGCCGUCUCCGCCCCUCGCCCCGGCUUCCUCCGCGAGGCCGAGCUCCGCCUCCUCCGUUGCACCCUCCCCUCCCCGGCCACCUCAGCUCCGCCGCUCCCCCCUUCGCCUCCCCCUGCCCACCCGCUCGGCGCCGUCGCCGCCUCCGCGCUCGCGGCCGUCGAGGCCGGCGACUACGAGGUAGCGCUCGGCGCCGCCUCUCCACACCUCAUCCCCGCCUACGCCUUGACCGCGCCCCCUCCCGGCUCCGCCUCACAGUUCUAUGCGGACCUCGCCGCCGCCGCCCGAGCGUUCCUGCAGGGGGAUGGCUACGGGGACGGCCAAGCGGCGGGCGAGGGGUACGAGUGCAGGUGCGCGGUCGUGCUCGCCGCCGCGGUGGCCGCACUGCUCGCGUUCACGCAGCAGAACGUGACAGGGCCUCCAAAGAACUUCUCUGCUUUCCCUUUCUGGACUUCAUCUUUGGAUGAAGGAUGGUAUAGUAAUCUUGGAGGCAUAUGGGAUGCAUGGGCUUCUGAUAAUUUAACUUCUUUUGGUUCUCAUGUUCAUGGGAAAUUUUCACUCUUGCAGUUCAUUGUCUUUGCAGAGCUUUUGUUUACAUGCAUACAGAGUCUGGAUCCCUCUGAUUGCUGGAGUGUGUCAUGGUGGUUGUUUAGAAUAUCGAUGUUCAAGCAGAACAUUUUAGAUGAGUUAUCAUCCUCUUUGUUUGAUCAAGUACAAGUGUACAAGAAUAAGACGUUGGGCCACUUUGGUGAAGUGGAAAAGGUUUCAACCUACUGGAAUUCUUUAUUGUGUGAUGAAGAAGGCUCUUCUUUCGUUUCAGUUGCUUUCUUAGAGGCUGGAAUUGCAGAGUAUAAAUAUGGCCGUGUUGAUGCUUCAAGGUUACAUAUGGAUAGCGCUCAAGAAGCAUGUGGUCUACACCUCUCCCUUACAGGGAUUCUUGGCUUUCGAACAAUACACCAGGUGGAUGCGAAGUCCCAAAUGGUGCUUGUUGCGAAGACCAAUAGAUCAGCAGCUGUUGAAGGACAAGUAACAGACCUCACAGUAGCUGAGAAUGAUGUUGCAGAUUUAAAAAGUGCAAGGAGCUCUGUUCAUGUUGAAAGUGAUGAAAUAUGUGACAUACUCAGAAUGCCCAGACUGGUGCAGGAUGUGUGUGAUUCAGCCAGUGAAAAUACAAGAGAUCCCAGUGAAACAAUGUCACUAUCAGCUAUCCAGCAGGCUGCUGUACUCGGACAAUGCUUGCAUGUGAGCCGAAGGAGUCGAAGUGAUGAAAUGUCUGGGUGGGAGAUGGCACCAUACAUAGAAUCAAUUGAUUCUCAGGACGAGUCUUACUUUGUGGUCAGGAGCUUGUGUGAUAUACUGCGUAUUAGGUGGGAGUCCACCCGCAGUCGGACAAAGCAGCGGGCACUAUUGAUGAUGGAGAAUCUGGUUGAAGAUAUUGGCAAAGAAUUACCUGUGGCUGCACAAAGAGCUAAAUUGGUUUUUGGGGUUCAUAUGCCAACUCUCCCUGCAUUAAGGAAAGAAUAUGGUGAACUAUUGAUAAGUUGUGGUAUAGUUGGAGAAGCACUGGAUAUUUUCAAAGAUCUCGAAUUGUGGGAUAAUUUAAUCUAUUGCUAUCGGUUAUUAGGUAAAGUGGCUGAUGCAGUUAGUCUAAUAAAUAUUCGGCUCUCUGUUACACCAAAUGACCCAAGGUUAUGGUGUUCACUUGGUGAUGUUACAAAUGACGAUGAUCAUUACAAAAAGGCAUUGGAAGUCUCAAAUAAUAAAUCUGCUCGAGCCAUGCGUUCUCUGGCUCGCAGUGCAUACAACAGGAAUGACUUCUAUACGUCCAAAAUCCUUUGGGAAUCUGCAUUGGCAUUAAAUUCUAUGUUUCCAGAUGGCUGGUUUGCAUAUGGUACAGCUUCAUGGAAGGAUAAGGAUCUUGAUAAAGCUGUGGAUGCAUUUAGUCGUGCUGUACAGAUAGAUCCUGAAAAUGGAGAAGCAUGGAAUAACAUAGCCUGCUUGCACAUGAUUAGAGGAAAGAGCCAAGCGGCAGUCCAAGCAUUCAGGGAAGCUGUAAAGUUCAAGAGGAACAGCUGGGAAAUUUGGGAAAAUUACAGUAAAGUUGCUUUGGACACAGGGAAUAUUCGACUGACACUUGAAGCUCUGAAAAUGGUACUGAGUUUGUCCUCGAACAAGCGCUUCAAUGUUGAUUUAUUGGACAAGGUGCUGGCAGUGCUUGAAGAACAACCUAUGCAUUUAUUUGAUACUCAAGAAUCGAAUCUCGUAAGCAACACAUCAGAUGAUGCAAAUAAAGAGACCAGACAAUCCAAUCAUUUGUUAGAUAUGAUUGGUGAUAUCCUUCAGCAGAUUGUGCGAAGUGGAGGCAGCAAUGCGGAUAUAUGGGGUUUAUAUGCAAGAUGGCAUAAAAGCAAGGGUAACCUCAUGGCAUGUUCUGAAGCUUUGCUGAAGCAAGUUCGAUCACUGCAGGGUUCAGGGCUAUGGCAUGACCAGAAGAAGUUCACAAAGUAUGCUCAAGCUUCUCUGCAGCUUUGCAAGGUGUACAUGGAAAUUUCUUCGUCAACUGGAAGCCGACGAGAAUUAUUUUCAGCUGAGAUGCAUCUUAAAAGUUCCUUGAAACAGGCAACAGACUUCUCAGACACCAAGGAGUACAAAGCUCUUGAGAACUGUCUUGAGGAAAUAAAGAACCUGAUUGGUGCUGCCUAGGCUUAUCCAGAUCUCACUUGAGUAUCAAGGUAAGCGUGCCUGCCUGGCAAAAUGCUGAGUUCCUAUCUGCCUGGCAAAAUCUUGAUUGAGCUAUGACAAGGAAGAAGUCUUUUGCUUUCAAAUGUUAAGCAUCAGUCAUGUCGCAUCACGGGGCCUCCAGUGUAAGAGGAAACGGUCAUCUUAACCUUUUGCAAUCUUUUCUUUGUGGAGGCCUAUCAUGUUGUAAUCAUAGUGGUAACUUACACAUAUUGUUGUAGAACUUUAGACCUCUGUGGAAAGUUUGUGCAAUUUUGUAGCAGGUUAUGGUUAACUGGCAGUAGUAAACAUUUUGUACUUCAAAUCCAAAGCAAAUCUAAUUGCCGAUUUGCCAACUUCCAGCCCCCAAAA